GGGCUCGGGGUGGUGGGGUGAGGGGCCCGGGAGAAAGGUUCGGGCGAUUGGGAGGAUGAGAAGUUUUGGGUAAAGGCUGAAGACAAGCUUGAGCAGGGAGGGGGUCCCAGAUGGAAGUAUGGACAGAGGCCGGGUGGGCUCACAUUGCAAGGUAGGGCAAACGCAAGAGGAGGUUGGGGUGGAAUGGGGGUGCUGCGAAAGAACUGGGCUGUAACCCGCUGCAGAGCGCUGACCACGCCCCUCUAGGAGAGUUAGCCCAGGUACUCUGGACAGGUUCUGUCCAGCCCGCCCUCUCCCUAUCUUCCUUUAGCAGUAACCCUCCUCCCCACCCCCCAGGACUGAGGAAGGGUAGAAAAGGUAGAGGACGCCUCCCCCACCCUACUCCCCGCCGCGCUCCAGGGCUGUUUGCUUGCAGCUCCCAGGUGGUCACACUCCCUGCACCUGCGGAGCUAGCUCCCAGGCACGUGAAGAACGGAAAGGAGCCUGUUUCCUACUCCACCCUGGGUUCUCUUGAGGCCACUCUACAGUCCUGUCAUGACUGCCUCACCCCCUGUCGAAAAUGUCUCCAUUAGCUGCCCUGUCCCCACUCCCCAAACAGCUGGUCCCAGGAUCACUGUUGGAGUGCUAGAUGGAGCCUUUCUCUGUCCUCUGUGACAUUCCCAAUUUUAGAUAAUGCCUCACAUCUCUGUCCCCCCGGGACCUCCUGGAGCCCCCAUGAUCCAGAAGAAGACAGCUUGAACCUAGAACUCUCCUCUCUCCCUCUUCAGACCUCACCCCAGGAUGUUGCGGAGGCUGUUGGAGAGGCCCUGUACACUGGCCCUGCUUGUGGGCUCCCAGCUGGCCGUCAUGAUGUACCUGUCACUGGGGGGCUUCCGAAGCCUCAGUGCCCUAUUUGGCCGAGAGCAGGGGCCGACAUUUGACUAUUCUCAUCCCCAUGAUGUCUACAGUAACCUCAGUCACCUGCCUGGAGCCCCUGCUGCCCCAGGGGGCCCUCCAGCUCCUCAAGGUCUGCCAUACUGUCCAGAACGAUCUCCUCUCUUAGUGGGUCCCGUGUCCGUGUCCUUUAGUCCAGUGCCGUCGCUGGCAGAGAUUGUGGAGAGGAAUCCCCGAGUGGAACCGGGGGGCCGGUACCACCCCGCAGGGUGUGAGCCCCGCUCCAGAACAGCCAUCAUUGUGCCCCACCGUGCCCGGGAGCACCACCUGCGCCUGCUGCUCUACCACCUGCACCCCUUCUUGCAGCGCCAGCAGCUUGCUUACGGCAUCUAUGUCAUCCACCAGGCUGGAAAUGGAACAUUUAACAGGGCAAAGCUGCUGAACGUUGGAGUGCGGGAGGCCCUGCGUGAUGAAGAGUGGGACUGCCUGUUCUUGCAUGAUGUUGACCUCCUGCCAGAGAAUGACCACAAUCUGUAUGUGUGUGAUCCCCGGGGACCCCGGCAUGUUGCUGUUGCCAUGAACAAGUUUGGAUACAGCCUCCCGUACCCCCAGUACUUUGGAGGGGUCUCGGCGCUCACUCCUGACCAGUACCUGAAGAUAAAUGGCUUCCCCAAUGAAUAUUGGGGCUGGGGUGGUGAAGAUGACGACAUUGCUACCAGGGUACGCCUGGCUGGGAUGAAGAUCUCUCGCCCCCCCACGUCUGUGGGACACUAUAAGAUGGUGAAGCACCGAGGAGAUAAGGGCAACGAGGAAAAUCCACACAGAUUUGACCUCCUGGUCCGUACCCAGAAUUCAUGGACGCAAGAUGGGAUGAACUCACUGACCUACCGAUUGCUGGCUCGAGAGCUGGGCCCUCUCUAUACUAACAUCACAGCAGACAUUGGAACAGACCCUCGGGGUCCUCGGACUCUCUCUGGUCCCCGUUAUCCACCUGGUUCCUCCCAGGCCUUCCGUCAAGAGAUGCUGCAGCGCCGGCCCCCAGCCAGGCCUGACCCGCCACCUACUGCCAACCACACAGCCCCCCAUGGUUCACACUGACUCCUCCUUCCUGCCUACCUUAAUCAUGAAACCGAAUCAGAGGGGUUGUAUUCUCCCCACCCUCAGCUCCUCACUGCUCAGAGAGAUGUGGGGGAACUGAACUCUAGUGCUGUGCUGGGGGCAGGGGCCUCUCCCCACUGCUGGACUGGAGCUGGGCUCCUCUAGACCUGGGAGUCCCUCUUUCUAGGGUCACUUGCCAGGGCUUAAGACUGUGAAUCCUUGGUGUCAUGAUUUUAUGUGAUGACUCCUGGGAGUCUCCUGCCCCUGGGGCAGAAGGAGGGCUGGACCCCAAGUCCCUUCCUCUUCAGUGGAGAGAAGAGUGAUCUGGCUUCUGGAGGGACCUCUGUGAAUAUUUAUUCUAUUUAUGGUUCCCAGGAAGUGUGUUUGUUGAAGGAAGCCCCUCCCUGGGUACUUUCUGCCAGUGCUGGAAUAGCUCCCUCUUCUGGACCUGGCUCAGGGGGCUGGGAUUUUGAUAUAUUUUCUAAUAAAGGACUUGGUCUCGCCUCUG